AUGCUGUAUCUAGUUGCUGAAGCGCUGUUUUCUGAGAACAUCAGAUCUAUCUCAGUUAAGAAUGAUCCAUCUUCUCCUGCUGAAUUUUCGUUCAAUUUGGUUUGUACCAAUUGUAGAGAAGAACACGAAUCUGCUGUUAGUAUUAAUACUUUUGAGAAACAUGACAUGCCUGGUAGUAAAGGUGAAGCUUCUUUCAUUUUGAAAUGUAAAUUUUGUGAUAAAGAUUGUUCAGUUAAUAUGAAUACUUUUGAAGAUGUUUUCUAUAACAUUGAAAAUAGUCAGAAUACCUCAGAGUUAGAAGCCAUUGCGUUACAAAGAGAGAAGAAAGGAAUAAAAAAUAUAAAAGGUAAUCAAUCAGUUCUAUUAGAAUUUGACUGUAGAGGUUGUGAAGUUACAAAAUUUCAUAUUUCAAGUGUUCCAUAUAAGGUUAAUUUGAACAACAAAAAGACUCUAGAAUUUGAAUUUGAAGAAGGUGAUAACGAGUGGUAUGAUUAUGACGAUGAUUCUGCAGAAGAAGUUUCUAUCACUGAAUUUAAUACAGAAAUUAUGAGAGGUAAAUGA